AAUUCACUAUACAAAAUGAAGAUCACAUUGAUCCUGGCACUUUUGCUGGCUACAAUCAGCCUUAUGCAGGCGGCACCUGGGAGUAAUCCCUAUGAGGCCAUCCACUCUGCCUACGAUCUCAGCGGACACCCCGUGAGAGAGAAGCGUGCGAGCUAUCAGGAAGACUAUUAUAUCUGCUAUCCAAGUCGUGUGGUCUACGGCUACCAUAACAUUCCCAGCUCCCUGGGCACACGUCGUCGUUACAAACCUCCAGACCAAGAGGUGGACUUACUCUAAGACUUGAGGAAGACAGAUGGGAUACAAGUAAU